AUGAAGCGCGGUGAGAAGACGGACUUCAGACCUUCGAGUCCCUCAGAGAACAAGACUUUAACCAGUGUUGGGGGCGACCAAUCCAAGAAGUCUUCUUCUCUCAUGGAUAUCCAGGCUGAGGCCAGUCACCCACAGCUUCUUGUUCCAAAGCCACCCAAGGGCCAACAAAAUCCAGUGCUCAAAUCAUGUGUGGGUAAGAUGCAUCCAGAGAAGCUGGACACUGACUCCCAGUCUCUGUGGUACUCAGGAGUGGAGGGUCUUCAGUUUGAUGAUCAAGGGAGGGUUCUUCCACACAGCAUCCUGGGUAGCUUAGAGGAUUUCAGAAGUUAUCUGGAGACUAAAGGGGAGACGGAGUUGGUGGAGCAGGUACCAGUUUCCCAGAGAGAUGCUUCAUAUGAGAUCCCAGGGAGGCAUCACUGUGAGGCUGUGGAGAAAGGACCUGAGCUCUCUUCAGGCCACAGGAACAUCCAGGGUAAUGCCCUGCAGAAUUGGCAAACACAUAUGAAGCAGCGCAGACGACAGCAGCAUCAUUUAUCUGACUUGCUCCACAGACCAGUCAAGACGUUACUGAUGAACCAAGACAACCAUUUCAGAGAAAUUCAGGAGCAAAAGGAGUUUCUAACCCAAGUCAUGCCACUCAUCCACUCUGGAUAUGGUUACCGCGUGGGGAGUGAGUUUUGGUCUCUCCCCCCGCAUUAUGGGGACGAAAUGAGCGGCAUCAGAGCCACUCUGACUCAGACAGAGCGCGGCAGACGGGAACCUGUCACACAUAUUGGACAACCAAGCGGCAUACAGCAUGAAACGGGUUUCAGAUGUGCUAAGAAUCUGCAUCCAGCCUCUCAGCCUUGGGGGCAGAGUGCGUACCUACAGGACCAGUACCAGGAGCUGGGGGAGCUUCUACAGGACAUGGACCUUAAGAAGCCUGACCUCAGCGGACUGGAGGUGAUCGGCUUUAGCGAGCCGUUCAGAUCCGUCACGGUGUGUCGAAGUCCCUCAAUGGAGAGGGAAGGAGAGAAGGAGAGGGAGCACAAGGAGGACAAGAAGGAGAACCUUGAACCACUGGCACAGAGUGAUGAAGCUCAGUCCGACGUUCUGCUCAUUCCUGCCUUGAGGUUCUGUGGCCAGCUUGCAAUGUGGACUGGAAACUCUGUCAAUAACCAGGUACAGACUGGUCUUUACACAGUGAGCGGUGCUGGCUUUUACCUCUUGUCUUAAGUCAACUUGUAUUCUCCAACACUCAUUGAUCAGGGAGAAGUAGGAAUCAGUACCACAAUAAUGUUUGAGGCCCUGACUGGAGAAAGACCCUCUUCUCAUCUGGAGAUGCACAAUGAGGGCACCACGGCCAUUUUCUACAGCUGGCAGCAGCUUCCCAGGCAGAACUGCUUUCCUAACCCACCAACACAAGCAAAGAGUCGGCACUUCUACUUCAAUUCUUCCUCCGGCGUGAUUCUUCCAGGUGACACCCAGCGUGUAGAGAUUAUGUUCAAGUCAGAAAAGCCAGGAAUCUAUACGGAAGUAUUGCAGCUCAACACUCACCCUGUGCUGCUUGAAGGAGCCUCCAUGCAGGUCACAUUAAGGGGAGUGGCUCUUUACCAGGACAAAACGACAGACCAGAGGAAUUUCAUCGAGACAAGGUUGGAAAAUACCGUCAUGCUGAAAAUGUGUCGGUCCAUGGCGUGCAAGAUGGUGAAUGAGGUCCGAACCCCAGAGAGACCCAGCUCUCCUGCAGAGCUCUACAUCACUGAAGAGCAAAGGUUUCUAAACAGAAACCCAAAGUUGCAGUACCAUCACCAGCCAGUAGAGGACCUAAAGAGACUGUGGGAAGAAGUCAAUCCAGGACACAGCUGGGAUCUCUCUGUUGAUACUCUUCGACAGGCGGUGCUGUCUCUGCGUGAACAAGAGUCAUCCCAGGACACCCGAGAAAAAAACUUGGCACAGCUUAACUCUCUGCUUCUGCAGCUUUCUGAACCCACUGAACCGAAUCACCGCCUUCUAACAUCAGCAGCAAUAGGACAGCAGCUGUGGAGGAGACUCCUGGACUCGAUAGAAGGUGAGGCCGUGUUCAUCAAAAACCAGCUGGGCCUCUUCAAGACACAAACAGUGGAGGAUAAAACGGAGGAAUCGCUCCUCUCUGAUGGUGAUGCCGAUGAUAUGAGCAAAGAUGGGAAGAGUGAGAAAAAGGGAGUAGCACCUGCGAAGGAGAAGAGGAGAGAGCCGAGAUCCAGAGCAAAUGAAGGCGCCAGGUCACCAACAUCUGAAAAAACAGUGGAGGAGAGCAAAAAGAAGGGGAAGAGAAGAGAUGAAGUGGGAAAGCGCAGCAAGGAAAAGCCAUUGAAGGAGUCUGUCCCACUUCCGGAAGCCAGUCCAGAAAGCAACGUUGUGGAACUUCCUGUUGAAGUGGACCAGAGGAUGAUGAAGAUUUACACAAAGCUCCUGCACAAAAAGGUUUAUGCACUGAUGGAAGACCUGGUGGACACCAUGUGCGACCUGGUGGACGAGGGCAAUGAAUCAUAG